AUUCAAAUCCAGACCAGAUACAUCGUUCAGUCCGUAAUGGUGAGCCAACUUAGAAGUCUAUUCUCCAAUAAUAUAUAAAUCGUCUCUGAUCAGAUUCUUCUGAACUCUCUCAACCCAUAUACUUUCCUCCCUGCCCUUCUCCAUGAUCGACAGCUGAUCAACAUGGGUAUUAGAGCAUCAGGGGCAGUUUUUCUCUUGUUUUGGUUUCCCUUUCUGGCAGAUAUCAAGCGAAGUUCCUGCGCUACCGACGUGGUUUGCAGCCCAAGAGAGAGACAAGCUCUCCUCAACCUAAAACAAGGUCUCAGUGAUCCAACUAACUUUCUCUCAUCUUGGGAUUCCACCAGCAAAGAAGACUGCUGUAGAUGGAGAGGAGUCGGCUGUGACAACAGAACGGGACAUGUCGUUCAGCUCAAUCUCAGAAACUCGUAUGAAAGUUUCAUCGGAGGUGACAUAAAUCACCAUUUACUACAGCUGAAACAUUUGCGGUAUUUGGAUCUCAGUGGCAACGAUUUCGGAGGAAAUCCGAUCCCAGAAUUUCUGGGUUCGCUUCAAAACUUGAACUACCUCAAUCUCUCUCAGUCUGGUUUUGGUGGCACACUGCCUCCUCAGCUUGGCAAUCUGUCCAGUCUGCGUUACCUCGACCUCGGAAAUUCCGUAGGCUUAACUGUUGAGAAUCUUGAGUGGCUUUCUCAUCUCUCCCUUCUUCAACACCUGGACAUGACUUCUGUAAGUCUCAGUCACGUAGAUGAUUGGUUACAGGUAAUUAACAAGCUUCCCCAUUUGUCUGAAUUGCACUUAUCCUCUUGUGGGUUAGCUAAUUUGUCUCCUCUCUCCCAUGUCAAUUUCACUUCACUUACUGUCCUUGACCUUCUCUGGAACAAUUUCACUUCCACCAUACCAGAUUGGCUGUACAAUCUUACCAGUCUCACAUACCUUGAUCUUAGAAUGAAUAGUUUUCAAGGUACAAUCUCAAAUUCCAUUGGUAACCUUGGAUCACUCAGACAUGUCUACUUGGACGUCAAUGACCUCCAUGGCAGCAUCCCAAGAACAGUAGGAAAGCUCUGCAACCUGGAAACUUUGUGGCUGUCAAACAACAGGUUCACUGGAGACAUCAGUACUGGAUUUCUAGGAGACCCAUCAAAAUGCAUCUUUGAUAGUCUAAGAGAACUGCGUCUGGAGUGGAACCAAUUGAAUGGGACCAUUCCCAAAAGUAUUGGGCAACUUUCCAAACUAGAGUUUUUAGCCUUCUCUCAUAACUUUUUUCAGGGAAUUAUCUCUGAGGUUCAUUUUGCUAAUCUAACCAGAUUAAAGACAUUGUAUGGAACUUCAAACUCAUUGAUUCUGAAUGUGAGCAGGAACUGGGUUCCUCCCUUUCAACUCACUGGCCUAGAAAUAGGGUCUUGGAAAUUGGGGCCCCAAUUCCCUUCAUGGCUUCAAACACAGAAAGAUUUCUUUAGUUUAAACUUGUCCAACACAGGAAUUUCAGAUAACAUUCCCAGUUGGUUUUGGAAAUUAUCGUCCAGUUUCAGCCUGAUAGAUCUCUCUUUGAACCAGAUCAGUGGUCAAAUCCCAGGAUUACAGAACAUAGAAAACUAUGAUGCAGCAAUUUAUCUGGGUUCCAAUCGCUUCACCGGUUCAAUACCCCGUUUCUCUUCUAAUGUAGUCGAACUGGACCUUUCUGAAAACUUGUUUUCUGGGUCUGUCUCUCACUUCUUCUGUGACAAUACGAGUCAAGCGAAUAAUUUGGCAUAUCUUGAUCUCUCAAGCAAUCUUCUAUCAGCAGAAAUUCCUGAUUGCUGGACGAAUUGGCCAAUGUUGAGCGUUGUGAAGUUAGAGAGCAAUAAUCUAAGUGGGAACAUCCCAAUCUCUAUGGGGUCUCUAACUCAGCUCCAGUCAUUGCACUUGCGCAACAACAAUUUGACGGGAGUGCUACCUUCAUCUCUGCAAAAUUGCACCAAUUUGCUCACUCUUGACAUCGGUGAGAAUGAGUUCUCAGGGAGCAUACCAGCAUGGAUGGGACGAAGCCUAGCACAACUUAAGAUUCUUGACCUACGCUCCAACAAGUUCGGUGGUCGUAUACCUCCAGAACUUUGUCAUCUCGCUGAGCUUCAGAUCAUGGACCUUGCACACAACAAAUUAUCAGGAGCCAUACCACAAUGUUUCAGCAAUCUCAGUGCCAUGGUCUCAGACCAGAAAUCAAUUUACCACAUUGGCUACGAAAGUAGCUUCCGGAAGUUUCAGGAUACAGCCUCAGUGAUGAUGAAAGGAAGGAGUCUUGAAUACAGUAAAACCCUCACCCUUGUGACAAGCAUAGACCUUUCAGACAAUAGUUUAUCUGGACAGAUCCCAGAAAACUUGACGAGUUUCUUGGGAUUAAGAUCCCUGAACCUUUCGAUGAAUCACCUUGUGGGAAUGAUCCCAAAGAAGAUUGGUGACAUGGGGUUACUUGAAUCUCUGGAUUUGUCAAGAAACCAACUUUCAGGUGCUAUCCCUCAAAGCAUAUCGAAUUUGACGUUUUUGAGUCACUUGAACUUAUCAUAUAACAGAUUGUCAGGGAAAAUUCCAUCAAGCACUCAGAUUCUAAGCUUUGAUGCAACCAGCUUUCUUGGAAACCAAGAACUUUGUGGGCCUCCGCUCACAGAGAAAUGUGCUGGGAGCAAUAAUCAAUUGCAGAACCCAACAACACCAACUGGUAGUGUGGAUGAUGAUGAUGGAUUUAAAGAGAGUUUUCUUGUUAGUGCGGCGUUGGGGUUCUUGUUGGGUUUAGGUGGAGUUUUUGGCACCAUGUUGCUUAAUGAGUCGUGGAGGUCUGCCUACUUUAAGUUCUUUGUCAAGCUUUGUUGUGGUCCACCAAAAAGACGAUACAGAUAGAAUCUAAAAAGAUUGGUUCUUUUUUGAUGAAAAGAUUAUUGUAAGCAUCUUUAUUGCUGAUUUCAGUUACCCUAGCUCCAAGUUCUUGUUUUUCUUUUUGAGUGGUCGGAUGCAAUAUAUAAUAUGCAUGUUCUUUGUAUUUGAGGGUGGUCGUCCCUUGCUAAGAAUAAAAUUUGUGAGUAUGUUCCUACUACGGUUAA